GUCCCCGCUUCCCUGAUGCACACGGACAGCCCCGUCAGGGACACGGGCAAUCCCCGCUCCCCUCAGCGGACACGGGACGGCUCCCGAUCCCCUCAGAGAACACAGGGCGGUCCCCUCAGGAACACGGACAAUCCCGGCUCCUCCCCGGAGCACGGGGCAGCCGCCGUUCCGCUGAGGGACGCGGGACACAGCGCGCUCCCCUCGGGGCUGCCCUCAGGCCGCGCCGCCAUGGCCGGCGCGUUGCUAUGGCGCGGCCCCGCCCCGCCCCUCUCCGCGCGUCCCAACAUGGCGGCGGCGGGCGGGGGCCGGCGGGCGCUGCUCCCGCUCCCGGUGCCGCUCCCGGUGCCGUUCCCGGUGCUGUUCCCGGCGCUGCUCCUGCUGCUGCUGGCGGCCGCCGCCACUGCGCGCCUGUACCGGCCCGGCCACGACCCGCUGACCGUGCUGACGGCCGGCUCCGUGCGGCCGGCGCUGCUCAACUCCUCGGCCGCCUGGGUGGUGCAGUUCUACAGCUCGUCCUGCGGCCACUGCAUCGCCUUCGCGCCCACCUGGCGAGCGCUGGCGGGGGACGUCAAAGACUGGGAAUCUGCAAUUAGAGUUGGAGUGCUGGACUGUGGGGAAGAGGGGAACUAUGAGACGUGCAAAGAAUAUGGGAUCCACUAUUACCCAACUUUAAGGUACUUCAAAGCGUUUACAAAGCAAUUCACAACUGGAGAAAAUUACCAAGCAGGAGCAGAUCGAGAGCUGCAAACGCUUCGGCAGAUGAUGAUUGACUUCCUGCAGAACCAUUCCCAGGAGGGGAGACCUCCUGCUUGCCCACCACUGGAUCCACUGUUGUCCAGUGAUUUCCCAUCUCUUUUUGACAAGAGCAGCCACCACUACACAGCCAUUGUGUUUGAGAGCAACAGCUCCUACGUGGGCCGGGAGGUUACCUUAGACUUGAUCCAGUAUGAAAACAUCGUGGUGAGGAGAGCGUUGAAUUUUGAUAAACCUUUCCUGGAGAAACUGGGGGUCACCUCUGUCCCCUCGUGCUACCUGAUACAGCCCAAUGGCAGCCAUGGAUUAAUUAACAAUUUGAAGCCUCUACGGUCUUUCUUUUCUUCAUAUUUAAAGUCACUGCCAGGUGUAAGGAAAAAACUCCUUUUGCCACUGCAGCUGCCUGCUCCAGAAAACAAAGAGGAGAGCACAGAAAUCAAGGCGUGGAAAGAGUUUGAUAAGUCCAGGCUCUACAUGGCUGACCUUGAGUCAGGAUUGCAUUUCCUGCUCCGGGUGGAGCUGGCCACGCACAGGGCGCUCGAGGGGGCUGAGCUGAAAACCUUCAAGGACUUUGUCACCAUCUCUGCCAAGCUUUUUCCUGGCCGUCAGCCUGUGGUGAAGUUGUUAGAGACCUUGCAGGAGUGGCUGGUGAGCCUUCCAUUAGACAAAAUCCCUUAUGAUGCUAUCCUGGAUCUGGUCAACAACAAAAUGCGGAUUUCUGGGAUAUUUCUCCCCAGAAAAGUCCAGUGGGUUGGCUGCCAGGGCAGCAGACCAGAGCUGAGGGGUUACAGCUGCUCCCUCUGGAAGCUGUUCCACACCCUCACUGUCCAGGCUGCCCUGAGACCAAAAGCUUUGGUAAACACAGGUCUUGAGGACAACCCCCAGGUCGUGCUGCAGGUGAUGAGGGGAUACAUCCAGCACUUCUUUGGGUGCAAGGCUUGUGCUCAGCACUUCGAGGAGAUGGCCAAAGAAUCCAUGGAUUCUGUGAAAAGCCUGGACCAGGCUGUCCUGUGGCUCUGGGAGAGGCACAACGUGGUGAACAACAGGCUGGCAGGCGAUUUGACUGAAGAUCCAAAAUUCCCCAAAGUUCAGUGGCCGACUCCAGACAUUUGUCCUGCAUGUCAUGAAGAGAUCAAAGGGCUGCACAGCUGGAAUGAGGAGCAAGUCCUGCAAUUCCUCAAAUCCCACUACAGCAGCGAAAAUAUUCUCUAUAAAUACACCGAGAGCCAGAGUGACCCCAGUGACAACGAGCAGGGAGACACGAGGGAGGGGAAAGACAAAACCCUGCUGAAGAACUCGGGGGGAAAUGGAGAAAAUAAACUCCAGGAUGAGGAAAACCCAGUGGAUCCAGGCUCCAAGGUCUUAGAGAAACCGGUGGGGAAUGCUGGAGCUGUCCAAGGUAGCGGCAAAAGCGCAGCUGCAUCCGUGAGCCUCAAAGGGACCAGGCAGGCUGUGUCCUUCCUGGGGAUUGGAUUUUCCAACCUCGACAUGAGUCUGUGUGUCAUCCUCUAUGUGGCAUCCUCCUUGUUUUUAAUGAUCAUGUACUUUUUUUUCCGGGUGAGAUCCAAGCGCUGGAAAGUGAAGUAUCACCGUUCCUCGGUGUAGGAGCUCUCGCUGUACGUGGCUGUUGGGUCCCAGACACAGCUUUAAUAUUUAUGAUCAGGGAUUUUAUAUGCAGUAUUCCUUAUUUCAGAGCCCUUUCUUCCCCAGGCAAUUCCCAGGUGUUCAGCUGGCCUCGAGAUCCCCAGGCUUUGCCCAGGGCCACGUCAAUGUCCUCGCACGGGAGCGUUGCAUUUGGCACUUAAGAGUUUUCCAUGACUUCCCACCAACAUCCUUGACUCAUUUCCAGAGUAAACAUUGCAUUAUGCAAUCCACUGUGCCUGCUGGAGAAGGAAAUUGGAUAUUGUUUUGUGUAUUUUCAAGUCAGGUGUUUUUGUUUUGUGGUUUUUUUUAAUUCAUCCAGAGCUGAUUUCACCUCCCUGAGUGCUGAGUGGUUCCUCUGAAUGGUACCUUGGCUCUGCUUCACUGGGAGAAGCAGGAAUUCUCAUGGGUUUUUUCAGGAAACAAGAGUUCUCUUCUGAUUAAAUCAAUUCUAAACCUUUGUGACUUUCUGAAAUAUUAUUUACAUAUUUAAAGUAGACAGCAUUCCAUGUUCAAGUCAUUCAUCAUUCUCUGGUGCAUUCCAGCCAAGGGAACGUGUGUGUCCUCACUAGGGUGAGAGGUUUGGGGCACAAUUAGCAGCCUGAUUCUGAUUGCUGAGUAAUUACAGUAAUUACCCAGGUAGAAGCCAAUCCUGAUGGACUCUAGGAAAGGAAAACAAUGUUUUUAGUGAAGGACAGCAAGAUUUGUGUCACCAUGGCAGAACAGAUUGGAAAAUCUGCGAAUGUUGAGUUUGUUCUGAAUUUCUCCAUCACAAGAGAGCAACCAACCCCUCCCUUGGUGUUUCCAGCUCCCAAAUGGGUGAGGCCAGAGCUGCCCCACUCUGGGAUGUGCCAGUUCCCUCUGCAGGUCAGUGUGGGGUCCUUGCAGUGAGAAGAAGCCAUGAAAAAAUUAAAAAAUCAUCCUUGGGAGUAGGAGUUGCUGUGAUCCUGGCUGGGGGGGAUAAUUCACGUCCUGGAUAGUGAAGUUUAUAAUCCUAUCCAAUGUAAUUGAGCAUGUUCUAGUUAUCCAUUACCUAAUCUUUAGUUAAUCCUAAUAGGUUUUGGCCUCAAUGUUUUCUCGUGGCGGUGAGUUCUCCAGAUUAAUUAUGUUAUAUAAAAAGGCUUUUCCUUUCAAUUCUACAUUUGCGACUUCUAAUUUAAUUGAAUGAUUGCUGGCUCUUCUCUUACACGACAAGGAAUGAGGAGUCCCUGGCCAAUUCCCUGGAUUUAUACCACUGGAGUGUCCUCCUCUGAUUUCCCUGAGAAGCCCCAGCGUAGAAAGUUUGAACAAAAAAGCACAAAAACUCCACAGGGUUAUUUUUUCAUAAUCAAAUAUUCACAAAACCGAGUAUUUCUGAUGUGUCUCUGCAGCAUCCAAUAGGAAUAACAAAAUUGAGCUGCAGAGAUUCACUGUCCUUUGUAGCUUAAGUUAAAAUAACACCCACAUAGAGAAAAAAUUUCUGGGGUUGCUGUGAACCUGUCAGAGGAAGAAAUCUCAGUUCCCAUGACCCUGUUAAUCCAACAUUCCUGCAGAGGGGCUGGGUCUGUGCUUGUUAAGACCCUCAGAAUUCCAGGUUCUGGCACAAGGAGCCAUCCUGGGUCUUUCCUCUAGAGGAAUUUAUGACUCCCAUCCUUAGAGCAGCUGGGCUGGGAUAUUCAAACACCCUGGAAGCACAGGAGUGAUCCAGGCCCAGCAGGGCCCUUUGGGUUGGGCUGGGAUCCAGGGACAGAUCCCAGGGCAAGACUCAUUCAGGGGAGAAAACCUGGAGAUUCCACACAGAGUUUUGGAAAUGGAUAACUCUGGGCUGGCCUGAUGUGGGCAGCUGUUCUCAGCUUUAAAAGAAAAUCCAAACACCAGGAAAGCCUAACCCAGCACAGCAAGGUUGGAUCUGGAAAAUGGGGCCAGUUAAUCCCUUCUGUCAGUAUUGCACAUUCUCAGGUUGAAAUUCAGUCAUUAUGGCUGUUGUUCAGAACUCUAACAAAUCCAUAGACCUGGUUGCAUAAGCUUUGACUCAUUCUGCUCAUUUAUUGUCUUUCACAUGAAAGCAAAAGGACUUGAAGGUUUGUAGGGAUGAUCUUGCUAUUAAAGACCAGCAAAUGUGGGUUUGGAAUAAAGUUUGGGGGAUUUGCUACACACAUUUAACUUCCACAUUGCUGUGACCCUGCUGCAAACACAACAAAAUGAAUCAAUAUUCAAACUUCUGUGGCUUUUUUUGUCUCUUCAGAGUAUAAAAGUAUGAAAUUAAUGAAAUUAGGAUGUCGCUUGUCCAUGUUAGUGCUCCAGCUCUUGCCAGUGAAUCAGCCAAGGCUUUCACUUCAAUGUCCUCAUCUGGGAAGGUUUUCUUGACUUUAAAUUCACUUGAGUAAAUCUUGCUUUGCUUGGGUUUAUUUUUGUCCUUCUAAUGACAAAUUACACCAUUUUAUGUCUCUGUAAUGACACAGUCUGUGCUGGGGGAUGGGUGAUGAUGGCAGGAAAGUGUUCCAGGUUUAAAAAUUGUCACCUCCUCGAUCUUGGAGGGUUCAUUUGUGUGGUGUGGUGUCCACAGAGGUUCCUCAAUUCCACUUCCCUGUGGGGAUCGUGCUGUGCUGGGAGCAAUCACUUGGCCCUUUGUAAUUCAUGGAGCUUUCUUUGCUCUCGGGACAUUUUCAGAUAGGAAACAUUAAAAUAAAAGGAGUAGAAUGUGCCAGGAGAGACAAAAGUCUGCGAGUGCUGAAGAAACCUGAAGAAGUUUGUGAGAACUCCUGAUUUAAGUUUCCAGCAGUGCAUCCAUCCUGCUGUUCCUGCACAGACCUGGAUGGAACAAAGGUCCCAGGUGUGGUGUUGCACAUGAGGUGUUGAAAAUAGUGACGAUACCAUUUCAGUAAUUUAAAUGUUCUAUUUAUUUAAAGUCAAUAACUUGACAUUUCCGAGUGUGUUCUGGUUGGGUUGGGUUUUUACUGUCUCAUUCCUCUCUGGGAAGGAAAAGUGACUGUUUUGUACUAAAUUGUAAAAUAAUGUGCUUGUUUGAAAUAAACUGCAAACGUUUGGGCAAAGUG